CAGAAACACCUCCAGGGCACAGGAGAGGCUGGAGGACUCCAUUUUGAAGGGACCGGGUGUGCAGCCAGAGUCAACACGGCAACUCGUUUCAGGAAAGGAAACUCAUCUGAUUUUCCGGGCGCAUGUGUGCUGCCCAAGUGCGUGUCGUGGUGGUAGUGGUGGUGAAGAGGAUGCCAGUUGUUGCCACAAGUUUGGCAUGUGACAUGUCAUUGAUGAUGGCAGCCUGAUUUAGGGAGGAACAAUGCCAGCAUGAGUGGGCCUUAUGCAGGCCCUGGUAGGGAGACCCAUCAGUCCAGCUGCCCUUUGACCUCUGGCCGUGACCUCUCCACCCACUCUUGCUCCUCCAGACACCAUGACCACAGGACCGGCCUAACCAUGUCUGCUGCAGCCUCCUCCCUGAAGCAUGCAUCCGUCUAUGGGUUCACACAAAGGGACCACUCCUCCUCCUCCUCCUCCUCCUCUUCCUCUUAUAGUCCUCUUAGGAGGCUUCAGCAUCUCACCACCAUGGUGAGCCAGCCUGACCUGGUCCUGCCAGUGAGGGAGCCAGAGAGGAGCUGGGAGUGGGGCACACGUAAGAAGGAGAGGGGGAAGGAGAUGGAGAGAGACUCCUGGGCUGAUUGCACAAGCAGGGAUUAUUCUGGCACCCAGAAUACUAGCAGGGGGGAGACCUUUGGUAACACAUCUUCUGGACGAAAACAACCCGAGGUCCAAACUGGAAGCAGAGAUGCACCAGCAGCCAAUCGGAGCGAUGCUGCUGGCUCAGACAAAAAGACAGAGAAUUGUUUCUCAGGCCCGCCUAGCCCGGCCUUCUCUCUUGACAGCAACAGCCCCUUCGCUAAUGGCUUCCUCCACUUCGAAUCUUCUUUAUUUGAGGAUGAUGACAACGAUCAAGCACGAGCUACCGUGGGUGUGGGAGGCUUGCAGGAUAAAAAUGAGAGGGCGGGGAAUGUUGCUCAGUCCACUCCUGCAGAUUUAAAUUCAGACUCUAAGGAUGUUACCCUGUUGUCAGCCAAGGUUGUCACCCGGUCCCAGUCCUCGGGUCAACGCAGGAGAUACUGGGAUGGCUCCGAUGACGAGUGGGAGAGCGACUCUGAUCUGUUCCUGUUUGUGGAUAGUCCCUCAAGGCAUUCAAUGCAGAACAGCCUGAAGAAAAAGUCCUUGCCGCCUGUGAAGUUUUUAGAGGGUGAGAUUAUUUGGGCAAAGUUCAGCCGAAGACCAUGGUGGCCCUGUGAGGUGAUCAUUGACCCCGUACAGGGAAUCUAUCACAGAGUGAAAGAGCCCAGUGACCGGCCCUGUCGGCUCUACCAUGUCAGGACCUUUGGUGAGCCUGUGGAGCUUGUCUGGGUGGAGGAAAAAUCAACUCACACCUUCCAUGGAGGCUUUGAGUUCGAAAAGCUCCCCCUGCUGCGACGGAGGGGGAAGCAAAGGGAGCAAAACUACAAAUACACUAUUGCUAAGCGUUUUCAGGACUCCUGGAAAUCCAGUGUGGCAGAAGCUGAAUUUAUUCUCAGAGAGAGACCCAAAAUGGCUUCCUCUAUUUCUUCGUCCAUAGAUGAUGCCUUCCACAAUAUUUCCACAUCGGAGGCAGAGAGCAAGGUCCAUCCAACCUUUCCUCCCUCCAGUUCACCUGUCUCCACCCUGCCUGAGACGUCACACAUGACCAAUGGAUCCAUUUCAUCCCCAGUUAUUUCAUCCCCAGUAAGAACUCCAGCAAAGCCAAGCACUUUAAGGAAAUCUUCUGGCAAGAAGAAAACAAGUAAAUCGACAAAAGACGUGAAUGGUAAACACUUGAAAAAGACUUCGCGGAAUAGCCCUGACCAAUCAGAUAGAGACAAUGAAGAGUGCCCAUAUUCUGACCUCGACUCAGUCCCUAAGAUUUUGUGUCCUAAAGCACUUGAACGUCAGCCUAAGCUAGUUCCAACUCAGCCGUCUGUUACUGUUGUCAGAGAGGUGAAGAAGCAGCCUGAGAUUCAGAGUGGUCUUUGGUUCAGCAAAUCAUGCAAAGACAGACGACCUAAAACAACCAGUCCAAUGCCAGACCGCACUCUCUUUAGUAAGGCAUCCUGUAAGAAGAAGAACCUAUCUGUUGUUAGUAAAAAGAUGCUGGUUACAAGUGUCUCCUCUAGUGGUGUGCCCAGUGACCAAUCAGGGUUGUCAGACAAGCAUAAGACUCUGGUAUCUGCUGAAGCAAAUCUGCCUCCUGAACAGUCAGGACUUUUGAAGUUUAAAAACACCCCGGCUGCUAAUAGACCUUUUGGUACAAAUGGCAGUCUUGCUGACCACUCAGGUCUGUCGGACAGGCAGAAGUCCCCACUCUCUGUUGAAACUCUUGAGCCCUCUGACAAGUGUGGAAACUCAAAGAGUAGACAGACACCCAGUAGUACAACUGACUCUGUUAUUAACACACUGUCCGGCGAGUUUGGUAGCUCAGAUGUUAAAAAGGCCUUGGAAUCCAGCAUGAAAGUUGGUUUCAAUGACCAAUCCAGGUUUUCAGAAAGUGUAAAGAGUGUCAGUCGAACUGAACAUCCUGACCUGAUGGCUAGUAAAAAGGUCCAUGUAACUGACAGGAUUUCAGAUCAAGCAGACAAAAAAGAAAGUAACAAUUCUUCAGUGUCCAGUUUAAAUACUGACACUAGUGACCCAUUAGCAAUUCAAGAAAAGUCAACAAGUCUGGCCUCUAAGUGUAGACUACCAUUUGUCAAAUUAAUACGCAAGGACAUAAAGGGUAAAAAGUUCCUAAACUCUAGUGUAACCAUUAGUCCCACUGACCAACCUAAAUGUACAAAGAAUGAAAAAACACAAGAUAAAAAUGUGAAUAAAAUUCCCUCUAAAAGAUCAGACAGGGUGGAUGGUAAGGCAAGUGUCCCCUUAGAUCAGCCAUUCAGUUCAGAAUCCAUAAAGGUCUCCGUUGUGAAGUUAAAAGCAAGCGGUGGGAAUGGUAUGUUUUGUCUCUCAUCAGAAUCAUCACAAGGGAAAACUACUGUGACCUCCAAUGUGGCAAGUGUGUCUGCUGAUGAGUUAGGUAGCCCACAAGCGGAAAGGAUACCAGUUUUAAAUGUAACCCCAAGCAAUGUGACACACCCAUCCUCUAAUCAGUCAGACAGAUCAGAAAGUAAGAGGACCACUGCCUCCAAUGUAACAAGCGUGUCUUCUGACCAGUUAGGCAGCUCAGAGCAAAGAAUAACUUCUGUCACAUUACCGCCUUCUCACAGGCAAGGGAAUUCACUGUCUAGGAACACUCAUGUUUCUGAAGUCACGUCUUCUGAAAAGUCCAAGAAAGUUGUCCACAAAUCAAAGCAGGUUCCAGAUGAAGUAAAGAAAGUCAUGCAUGAGCAGCCUGCCCACCUCCCAGCCAGCAGUCGGCUGAUGACCAGAGCCCUGAAGGCCAUGCAGGAGGCAGAGCAGAAGAAGCGGAAAAAAGCCAAAAAGGAGGCCGAACAGAAAGAACCCUUAAAUCCAUUCAGAAAAACUGAGGACCUUGUGUGCCACUCUGCGCAUAACUCCACUUCAGAGACCAAACCGGACCUUUGCACUAAAACAAAAUCUCUUAAAUCUCAUUAUAAUGACAAUGGUGAGUAUGAUCAGGACACAUUUUCUAGCUGUAGCAGUCCUCCUUUGAUGUUUUCUGAUUCAGCAGACUUUGAAGCUGAUGUCAAGAGUGAAGAUGAAGACCUGUCAAUAUCCUCAACUCCACCAAUGGACUUUAUACCCCUUACUUCUAAGGUAAAGGCAAAGGAGGAAGAUCAUUCUUCUGACAUAUGUUCCUCAUCCUCACCUUCCUCACCAUUUUCUUUUAUGAAUGCCUUUAAAAACGUGGAGGAGGUAUCUUUCCAGUCCCUGACAAAUGAGGGCAGUGGUAAACCCGUCACUUUCAAACCAGACACAAACUACAAGUUCAGCACUUUUCUCAUGAUGCUAAAGGACUUGCAUGACACUAGAGAGCGAGAAGGGGCCCCCUUAGAACUGGAGAUUGGGCCACCAAGUGCACAUGUUAAGGAGGAGCCCUUGGUGAUGCCUGGGGAGGCUAAACCCAGAGGCCCAGAUCAACAAAAUGAACAUGUCAGUAACAAUUCAAAUCCAGACAAAAUCACGAUCACCCAAAGUGAAGACAGCACAAGUCAGAUAUCGAAGAGGCCCUACAACAGAAGGGGUAGCUGCACUGGAGUGAAAAAGAAAGCCAACCGCAAAGUGCCUUGCCGUCCUGCCAGGUCUGGGCCUGGUUUUCCUGGACUGGAGUCCUCAUCAGGAAUGGCAUCCUUACCAACAGUGGACUCUUCAUCAGGAGUAGAUUGCUCAUCAAGAGUCAAGUCCCUGUUGGGCAUGCAGGCUAGCAGCUGGGAGAGGCAGGCAGGGGGUGGUGAAGGAGUGGUUCAGAAGGAGAAGGAGGCAAAAAGAUGGAGCAGAGUACAUGAGAAUCUACAGAACAUGGUGCCUUUGGAGCAGCGGGGGUCCGACACUACGCUGUGUCUGGGACUGCCGAAUGGCAUUGUUGCAGACUGCACUGAGACUAAUGCAAGCUUGACACACAACGCUGGAGGACGCGACAAGGCUCCAACAGCACAUAAACGAAUAAGAAAACCAAGCAAGAGGCUGAUUGAGUGGACUGAAGAGUAUGAUCAGAUUUUCUCCACAAGGAAGAAAACCAAAAAGCCUCUCCAGUCGAUUGGAAAGGCCACUCAACCCAUUACCUCCAUGUCUGAACCCCCGGGACCGGACAAGAACGCACACGACCACCCGUCAUUGAACUUACUUCCUGAAAUACAGACACCACCUCCUGAGGAAAUCACUGCAACAACACCCUCUGAACUACAAAUUCCCAGCACUGAAAACACAUCUCCCCAAGAUUCAUCAGUGCUUUCCAUCGACACACUAACUCCUCCUCCAGAAGCUGAACCUUCACUGUCUGAAGGCCUCGUCAAAGACAAUGGAAACGGUCCUCUGCUGGAGAAGAAGCGGAAGAGGAAACCCACUCAGAAGAUCCUGGAGUACUGCCUGGAGGCAGAGGCUUCAACGGGUCCAAAGAAGAAGGUCAAAACACUGAAGAUCAAUUCAAAUCCUGCUCCUCAAUCAGAUUCAGGGCCACCGCUUUUAAAAUCAAAGGGCAAGCAGAUUACAGCAUCCACCUCCACACCAACGACUCCAGAGGUUUCCACUUGUACACCCACGCCUUCCAUUCAGACCAGUCUCACUCCCAGCACUCCUGCACCCGCUGCUCCUGUGUCAGCUCCACCUGAACCCGGCCCGGGCGAGACGGCGUCAGCAGACGUCGAUGCUCCUCAGCCAGAGGACAGUAAGGCCCAGGAGGUCAAAAAGGACACAGCAGAAUCAGAGGGUGACCCAACCAGCUUGGAUCACAGCUUCUCCUCCAUGAAGGACGACUUGUCGCUGUGCGAUGACCCACGCUUACCCUCGAGGAAGAUCAUAGGGGACCGAGGAGGCCCUGCUUCCAUGAAGGAGAACAUAUGCCAGGUGUGUGAAAAGACGGGGGAGCUGCUGCUCUGUGAGGGUCAGUGCUGUGGAGCUUUCCACCUACCCUGCAUCUCUCUGGCCGAGGCACCGAAAGGGAAGUUUGUCUGUCCUGAGUGCAAAUCGGGCAUCCACACCUGCUUUGUGUGUAAAAAGCGCAGUGAGGAUGUGAGGCGCUGUAUGAUCCCUGUGUGUGGGAAGUUUUACCACGGGGAGUGUAUCACCAACUACGCCCCAACUGCACCUGUGAACAGAGGUUUCCGCUGCUCGAUCCACGUCUGUCUCACCUGCUUCAUCGCCAAUCCCAGCAGCUCGUCUAUCUCUAAAGGUCGUCUGGUACGAUGUGUGCGUUGCCCGGUGGCCUAUCAUGCUACAGACCUUUGCAUGGCGGCAGGCAGUGUUGUCCUCUCCAACAACAGCAUCGUCUGUCCCAACCACUUCACCCCCCGUCGUGGUGUCAAGAACCAUGAGCAUGUCAACGUCAGCUGGUGCUUCGUCUGCACAGAGGGUGGGAGUCUGCUGUGCUGCGAGUCCUGUCCUGCUGCCUUCCACCGGGAGUGUCUGAACAUUGAGAUGCCUAAAGGCAGCUGGUACUGCAACGACUGCAAGGCUGGAAAGAAACCUCGCUACAAGGACAUCCUCUGGGUGAAAGUUGGACGGUACAGGUGGUGGCCAGCAGAAGUCAGCCAUCCCAAAACAAUCCCUGAGAACAUCCAGCGGAUGAGGCACGAUGUCGGGGAGUUCCCUGUUCACUUCUUCGGCUCCAACGACUACUUGUGGACCUACCAGGCCAGAGUCUUCCCUUAUAUGGAUGUGGACGCCAACAGCAAAGAAAAGAUGGGGAAAGGUGUUGAUGCCACCUAUAAGAAAGCUUUGGAGGAGGCAGCUGUGCGAUUUCGAGAGCUGCAGGCAGAGAAGGAGCUCCGGCAGCUUCAAGAGGACAGGAAGAACGACAGGAAGCCUCCUCCAUACAAACAUAUAAAGGUGAAUCGCCCGAUAGGAAAGGUUCAGAUCUUUACAGCCGACCUAUCAGAGAUCCCGCGCUGUAACUGUAAGGUGACAGACGAGAGCCCGUGUGGAAUGGACUCAGAGUGCAUCAACCGCAUGUUGCUGUACGAAUGCCAUCCACAGGUUUGCCCUGCAGGUGAACGGUGCCUCAAUCAGGCGUUCACCAAACGUCAAUACAGCCAGGUGGAGAUCUUCAGGACGCUGUCCCGAGGCUGGGGGCUCCGCUGUGUCCAUGACAUCAAGAAGGGUCAGUUUGUGAGUGAGUAUGUUGGGGAGGUGAUCGACGAAGAGGAGUGCAGGUCGAGGAUCAGACACGCACAGGAGAACGACAUCUGUAAUUUCUACAUGUUAACUCUGGACAAGGACCGGAUCAUUGAUGCUGGGCCGAAGGGGAACGAGGCUCGCUUCAUGAACCACAGCUGUCAGCCAAACUGUGAGACCCAGAAGUGGACAGUGAGCGGAGACACCCGGGUGGGACUGUUUGCUCUGGUGGACAUUGCUGCAGGCACAGAGCUUACCUUCAACUACAACCUGGAGUGUUUGGGGAACGGGAAGACAGUCUGUAAAUGUGGAGCAUCAAACUGCAGCGGCUUCCUGGGCGUCAGGCCAAAGAAUAACCCUCCAUCUGAUGACAAAGGUCGGAAGCUGAAGAGGAGAGGCCACGGCAAGAAGAAGAACAAGGUGGUGGUGACCAAAGAAAGAGAGGACGAGUGUUUCAGCUGUGGAGACGGAGGACAGAUGGUUUCCUGUAAGAGACCUGGAUGUCCUAAAGUCUACCACGCCGACUGCCUCAACCUCACCAAGAGGCCUGCAGGUCGAUGGGAAUGUCCGUGGCACCAGUGCGACAUAUGCGGUAAAGAGGCGGCGUCCUUCUGUGAGAUGUGUCCCAGUUCUUACUGCUGCCAGCACAGAGACGGGCUGCUCUUCAUCUCCAAGCUGGACGGCAAACUGUCCUGCAGUGAGCACGACCCCUGUGGGCCCGAACCACUGGAACCGGGGGAGAUCCGGGAGUACACACCGGAACCCAGGGCUCUUACCUCGGGGCUAGGCAUGGCCGUCAUCCCCUCUGCUGCUUCUAACACAACCACCAGUCUGAACCAGACCACAAGGAGGGUCCAGGAGAUCAGCGCCGGCGCUGGCAUGUCUUCUUCCGAGUCGUUUUCUACUUUUUCCAUCGCGGUACCUGUCACCAUUCCUGUCGCUGCUCCUGCCACAUCACCUCCCCACAACAGCUCUGAUGUUCCCAGCAGCCCGCAGGUGUUCGACCUCCCGCACUACUCGCCCAUCUCUUCGUAUGAGGAGGAGAGGGAUGUCUUAGAGGAGGAAGAGGAGGAGGAGGAGGAGCUGGCAGAUGUGGAGUUAGAGGAAGAGGGUGAGGAGGGGAGGCAGAAAUCAGAUCCUCAUGAAGAGGAUGGAGAGGCGGUGAUGGAGGAGGUUGGGCUGGAAUACCUGGAGAUCAAGGAAGAGGAGGAGGAGGAGGAGGAAGAAGAGGAAGAGGAGGAAGAGGAGGAAGAAGAGGAAGAGGAGGAAGAGGAGGAAGAAGAGGAAGAGGAGGAAGAAGAGGAAGAGGAAUAACAUACAGUGGAUUAUUAUUUAUAGUGGCACAGGACAUGGAGGCAGAACAGGCAGUCAGGCAAGAAGACAUCACAGUCAGUGCAGUGGGGAAACAAAUGGCAAUCAACCAAUCACACAACAGAAGUAGCCCAGUCUGUCAGUGUUUUUAUCCAGUGAGCAGGUGGAUGUAUGGAGGAAUUUUUGGUACAAAACUAAAUUAGAACAUAAAUAAAUUGUGAAGUUGAUAAAUGAAUAAAUAAACAGAAUAAAUACUGUAUAGUCUGAUAUAUACAUAGACAGAUAUUCAGCAAUUUCACAAAUUAUUUAUUGAUUUAGUUUUGUCCUACUACAUCGCUCCGUGUUCCCUGACCUUGGUACACACUUGCUGUAGAGACAAUUUCGUAACACAGUAACUUUGCACAAACUGGCUGCACCUUCAUAUGGGAGAUCUGACAAAGAAAGUUAUCUGGAACUGCAACAUAAACCUUGGCAUUUGUAAACAUAUUUCACUCCGAUAUACUUGUUUUCUCACAUUCUUACCAGUUUCACCUGCUGGUUUGUUUUGGUAUCUCUUUGAGUAGUAGUUGAGGUGUCAUGUGUGUCAAGUUGACCUGCAAAAGCUUAAUGUAGUAGGAGACUAUUACUGUAUCUGGUGCAUAGGUGUUUAAUGCAAGGAAAAGACUACGCUAUGGCUUCCUGUCAGGGUGGGACUAAAUUCUUCAGCCCAUGGAUGCUGGGACCCGAUAAAUACCAACUGAGUCAGCGCUCAGCCUGGUAAAUGACUUCUACUCAGUUACACUGGACUUAAAUAGUGACUCCGUUUACAUCUCUGCAGUGGUUGUGCUUUUAGACAUCGCUCCAAAUGAAACAUAUCCAGCCUCUACUGGACUGAAAUUUGUCCGUGUGGUCAGUGGACUUAGUUCAGUGAUGUGUAAUUGGGAUUUUACUGGACACAUACUUCUGGCAAAAUCACAUCCCACAACCCCCCUGAAUCAACUUCCACCCAGGAAAGACAGCCUCACACACAGGAGUCAUCACUUCCAGUCACUUCAGUCUCCUGUUUGUCUCCACUUUGCUUUUUUUAAACUCCUCAGAUCAUUCAAGAUCAGACCAUUUACAAAAAUGUGAAAGUGCCAGAUGAUUGGCUACCUGGUGUAGCCUUAACCAUGCAUUCACGCAACGAGCGACUUGAGAAAACUGUCACUACAGAUUCGUGGUUGUUGGUCACAGAAGUUAAAAUAGAUGAAGUCUGAUGGAAUAAAAUCUUUUUUUUUUUGGAAUGUAGAUAGUGAUAGUUUUGAAUUGAGGCUGCCAAUAGCCAGGAUGAGAAAAAAAUAUUCUCUAGACCAUUUCACGCCAAAAAAAGGGAUCCUAAACUGACAAGGAUUUGUUGUAUAACUACGACCAGUCAGUGAGGGUGGGAAAGACACAAAGAAAGUAUUUAUGCCAUCAUGGGACACUAAAACUGUCUCAGAUUAAGAAACGUAUAGGUUAUUUAGCAGUUCCGUAAGUCAGGCUGAACCAGGCUGGAUCGCACAGACUGACGCUCCUGAAGCUGGUUGACCACACCACACGAAAACCUGGUCUUGCCCUCGUGGUUGCUGGUGGUCUGGAUGCAGAGAUAGCACUAAGUUUUCUGCAGUGUAUGCUGUUUAUAUAUAAUUCUGUGACGCACAAAUGAUGAUAAGGGAGAGCGGGGAUGUUAGCGCUUCCUCUCUCUGUUCUUGACUCUCCAUCGAGGGGAAAAAGAAGUCUUCGAUUGGAUUACGAAAACUACAGACUCCUGCCAUUAUGCUUGCACUUCAGUAUGUGUUCUUGCCACAUGUGUUUCGCUCUGUCUUCAAGCUUAUAAUAUUGUCUGUGUUAUCUGCCAAUGCCUUAGUGUGUAAUUCUUCGGAAAUAUUUUUAAGGAAUGGUUUGGCACCCAAAUUUCCCUACUAAUGCCUUUUUACAGUUGCCCAACGAGCAGUGUUUCAUUCCAGUGUAAUUAUGACCUGUUAGAUCUCAACCAUUGACCUGUUAACUGCUAUAUAAAUAUAUAAGAAGAAGAUAUGAAAUAAGUGCUUUGUGCUGGCCUCAUUCUUUUGUCAUUUAUUGGUACAAAAUUAAGCUACACAGAAAACGUAGAUCUGUAAGUUUCUAAAAUUAAAGUCACAAUGUAUAUAAUCUUUUUUUUUUUUUUGAUUGCAGCAUCUAUUAAAUUAU